AUGGAAUCAUGCGAAUGUCCCAUUACUGGACAAAUGUUCGAAGAUCCUGUUGCAGGUGACAAUGGACACACAUAUGAACGAGCAGCAAUCGUAGAUUCGUUGUCACGAAAUAAAACAAGUCCUAUGGCAAGACAACCUAUGAGUAUAGAUUCAUUGAAACCAUACUGUACAACGAAGAAAAUGAUUGAUGAAUGGAAAGCCGUAUCCGGAUCGCAACAAAUUCAGCAUCAGUUUCAACUUGAUGUAGAUAUUCGCAAGGGACCAUCAAUUAUAAUUUUGUGA